AUGGUCAAGUAUAUGCUUAGUAGCGAACUAGAGGUGGCAGCGCCAGCAGAAUUUGUAUGGGCUGUUUUCUCCUCUAAGGAAGUUCCUAAACUUGUUCCAAAAUUGCUUCCAAGUGCAUUUGAGAAGGUAAAAAUUCUUGAAGGUGAUGGUGGUCUUGGAACCGUUAUUGACCUCGUAUAUCCUCAAGGACAUGUGCCAUUGUCAUACAAAGAAAAGAUCGUGACAGUCAAUAACCAAGAACGUCUUAAAGAGACACAGCAGAUCGAAGGAGGAUAUCUGGAUAUGGGUGUAACAUUUUUAAUCGAAAGUUUCCAAAUGAUCGAGAAAGAUGCUGACUCAUGCAUAAUCAAGUCCACGGUUAGAUAUGAAGUCCCUGAUGAUCUUGCUCAUAACGUUUCUCAUCUCAUUAGUGCUGACCAUCUUCUUACCAUGGCUAAGGUUGGAGCAAAAUAUGCUCUCAGUCUUAGGCAAUAAGUAUCACAAUAUUGAAAAAUGGUGCUAGCCAGCUUAAAACAACUCAGUUGGCCAAGUAUUUGAUUCUCGUAUUUUAAUAAGGUCAAAAGUUCUGGUGUCCUAGUUAAUAAGCUUGCGUGUAAAU